CACAUGCAUUCCACUUUCCACUACAAAUCACCUUUCCACCCCAAAAUUUUACCUCACCCACAAGAAAAGAACAGGCCCUCAAGUCCUGCAAAAGAAAAAAAUAAUACUAGGAAAAGAUACAAAAGCUAACUCCUCCCCGCCCCCGCCCCCUUCACCACCCCCAACCUUAUAUUUCUCAUUUCUCUUUCUACAAUCUUAGUAUAGAUUUCAGCUUUCAUUUAAGAUAUACCAAGGAAAGGGCUAGUAACAAAACCUAUUCUUCAGAGGUUUUCUCCUUCUCUGAUUCUGUGUUUUUACCAAAUAUUAAGUACUAUAGAGUUGUUGAAUCCCUUCUUGACCAAUUUUAACUCAACAAAGUCAUAAGCCAAGAAAAUCAGUUAAUUUAUUAGCUAGCUUGUUUAUACGUCUGAAACUUUUAAUUCUGUAGUCAUCAUGAAAUUACCAAGACUUUCACAAGGUCUACCUUAACCCUAGCUCCAAAUUUCCAGCUUUGUUUUAAUUUCUCCUUUGUUGAUCAAGGUUUAAAUAUGAGAAGUGGAGGUUGCACAGUGCAGCAAGCUCUAACAGCAGAGGCAGGCAGCAUAGUAAAACAAGCCGUGGUGCUUGCUAAGCGUCGCGGCCAUGCCCAAGUGACUCCUCUCCAUGUAGCAAACACCAUGCUCUCUUCUUCUCCUGGCUUACUUAGAACAGCAUGUCUCCAGUCUCAGUCUCACUCUCAUCCCCUCCAAUGUAAAGCCCUUGAGCUUUGCUUCAACGUCGCCCUCAACCGCCUCCCUACAUCGUCUUCUUCUUCUUCUUCUUCUAGCCCCAUGAUGUUAGGUCAUCAUCAACAUCCUUCCAUUUCUAACGCACUUGUGGCCGCCUUCAAGCGCGCUCAAGCUCACCAGAGGAGAGGUUCAAUAGAGAAUCAGCAGCAGCCUCUUCUAGCUGUGAAGAUAGAUCUAGAGCAGCUUAUUAUCUCUAUUUUGGAUGAUCCAAGUGUGAGUAGGGUCAUGAGGGAAGCUGGCUUUUCAAGUACUCAAGUUAAAACCAAUGUGGAACAAGCUGUUUCUCUAGAACUUUCUUCUCAAAAUAAUUCUUCUCUUAACAAUAGUAAGCCCAAAGAGAACAACAACCAUGUUUUCCUUUCAAAUCAUCAAAGUGGUGGACUAAAAGCAAGCAACAAAGUAACUGCUCCUUCUUUUCCUGUUAAAGAUGAGGAUGUGAUGAGUGUAGUGGAAAGUUUAAUGAACAAAAGGAGGAAAGCUAUUGUGAUAGUUGGUGAAUGUCUUGGUAGUUUGGAAGGGGUGAUUAAAGGAGUGAUGGAAAAAGUUGACAAGGAAAUUAAGCUCAUAAGUGUUCCUCUUUCAACUUUUGCUAAUAUCCAAAGAGAAGAAGUUGAGCAAAGAAUAGGAGAGUUGAGUUGCCUUGUGAAAAGUCUAGUGAGCAAAGGAGUUGUUUUGUACUUGGGAGAUCUCAAGUGGAUUACUGAUUAUAGGGCAAAUAACAAUAACUCAGGUGGACAAGGGAAUAAUUUUAGCUACUGCUUUUCUGUAGAACACAUGAUCAUGGAACUUGGGAGAUUGGUGUGCAGUAUUGGAGAAAAUGGAAAGCUUUGGCUUGUGGGAAUUGCAACCUUUCAAACUUACAUGAGAUGCAGAACUGGUAAUAAUUCAUUGGAAUCUAUUUGGGGCCUGCAUCCUAUUACAAUUCCUGCAAGCAGUUUGGGCUUGAGUCUCAACUCUGACAGUGAUACACAACUUGAACUUAGAAGAAAGGCAUCUGAAAAUGGAUCUUCUGGGAUGAUUAUUGAUAGUAAAGAUCAGGAGAAGCAAAUAUUGACUUGUUGUGCUGAUUGCUCAGCCAAGUAUGAAGCACAAGUUCUAAGCUUACCUUCAGACACUGAUUCUACAUUGUCAAGUCUGCCUUCAUGGCUUAAAGAUGAGAAGCAAAGACUUAAUAAUAGUCAUCAUAAUCAGAGCUGUGUAUCAAUCAAAGAGCUUUGCAAGAAGUGGAAUACAAUAUGCAACUCAUCUCAUAAAAAAACCAAGACUUUUGAAAGAAGUUUGACCUUUCCUUCAACAUCUAUGAUCACAAGUUUUUCCUUGGAUCAAGAAUAUACCAAUUUGCACCAUUGCCAUCAUUUGCCAUUUCUUGAUCCAGAACAGACAUGGAGGGAGAAAGGAUCUGCGCGUCUGAGAAUAUACAUCCCUGAGUCCCCUGACCCCAGAAAUGUAUUUUCUUCAAAUCCAAACUCUACACCUAAUUCUUCUUCCUCAAGUGAUAUCAUGGAGAUGGAGUACAUUCCAAAGUUUAAGGAGUUCAAUUCAGAAAACUUGAAUAUUCUUUCAAAUGCAUUGGAUGAGAAAGUACCUUGGCAGAAAGAUAUUAUCCGAGAAAUUUCUGGAACAAUAUUGCGAUGUAGGUCUGGAAUGAUAAAAAGAAAAGAGAAAUGUUCAAGAAAUUGUGAAACCAAAGAAGAAACUUGGUUGUUUUUUCAAGGUCAUGAUGUUCAAGCCAAGGAGAAAAUUGCAAGAGAAUUGGCUAAGGUUGUGUUUGGUUCUUAUUUGAACUUCGUAUUGUUCGAUUUAAGCAGUUUCUCUUCCACAAAAACGGAUUCAGCUAAGGAAUAUUCUAGGAACAAAAGGUCAAGAGAUGAACAAAGUAAUAGCUACAUUGAGAGAUUUGCACAAGGGGUGUCUUCAAAUCCUCAUAGAGUUUUCUUCGUGGAGGAUGUGGAACAAGUGGACUAUUGUUCUCAAAGGAGAAUGAAGAAGGCUAUUGAAAGAGGAAAACUUACAAAUUCAAGUGGUGAAGAAGUGAGUCUUAGUGAUGCCAUAAUCAUUUUAAGUUGUGAGAGCUUUAGUUGUAGGUCAAGAGGUGUUUCUCCUGUUAAACAAAAAUCAACAGAUGGAUCAGACAAUGAGGAUAAGGGGGGAGCAAUGGAAGAAAGUAGAAGUAGUCCUUGUAUUUCUUUGGAUUUAAACAUAUCCAUUGAUGAUCAUGAAAGUGUUGAACAGUCCAUUGAUGAUGUUAGGCUUCUUGAAAGUGUUGAUAGAUGCGUUAUCUUUAGAAUUCAAGAACUGUAGGACAAUAGAAACGUUAUGUGUAUGAUUAUGUGUUGAGAAAAUUUUCCUUGUCACUUUGCUUUAUA